AUUUUCAGCAAAACUCUUUUCCCAUCUUCUCCACUGCGCCUCUCUCUCUCUCUCUCUUUAGCCUCCGCUCGCCAUCCUCGCCGUCUCCAAGAAGCACAAGAAUCAUCUACCACCUCCCUAAUCCUCUGCAAACAAAGAUCUCUGAUCCAUCUAUCCAAUGGCUCCCACCCCCUCCCAAAAAUCUUUCAUUCCAAGCUACCAAACCCCCACAAAAACCUCUCAAUCAAGACACCGCCUCAACUUCACCAACCCAAAAGCCAGCACAAACCCUAAUCCAUCUCUGAAUCCUCUCCCCGCAACUCCAACAGAGCACCCCGUCGAAGUUAUCGGCCGGAUCCGCGACAUUUCCGACCGCAAGGACAGAUCCUCGUCGUCUUCCUCCUCUGCCCUAGAAGUCUCCAGCGAUGGCUGCUCUCUACGUGUCCAUUCCGACGUCGGCUACAGGAAUUUCAUCCUUGACGGGAUCUCCUUCUCGGAGAACGAAGAUCUUGAGGGUUUCUAUAAGAGGUUCGUCGAGUCUAGGGUUGAGGGGGUGCGCUCCGGUGCCAAAUGCACCAUCAUGAUGUACGGCCCUACAGGGGCUGGGAAGAGCCACACCAUGUUUGGGUGCGCGAGGGAGGCUGGGAUCGUGUACAGGGCUCUUAAGGAUAUUCUUGGGGAAGGGGAGGGGGAUGGUGGGGUGGAUGUUGCAGGGUUUGGGAUUAGUUUGUUUGUACAAGUUGCAGUCUUGGAGAUAUAUAAUGAGGAGAUUUAUGAUCUGCUUGCUGGUUGGAAUGGGAAUGGUGCUGGAGCUGCUGGGUUUCCGAAGGGAAGCACUCCGAAGGCAAGGCUAGAAAUGAUGGGAAGAAAGGCAAAGAAUGCAACCUAUAUCUGUGGAAAUGAAGCUGGAAGAAUAUCAAAAGAAGUUGCAAAAGUUGAGAAACGCAGGAUUGUUAAAAGCACUUUGUUGAAUGAAAGAAGUUCUCGAAGUCAUUGUGUGAUAAUCCUGGAUGUCCCAUCUGUAGGUGGAAGGCUUAUGCUUGUUGACAUGGCUGGCUCUGAGAAUAUAGAGCAAGCAGGCCAAGCUGGAUUUGAGGCAAAGAUACAGACGGCAAAAAUCAACCAGGGAAACAUAGCUCUGAAAAGAGUAGUUGAGUCCAUUGCCAACGGAGAUUCCCAUGUUCCUUUCAGAGACAGCAAAUUAACAAUGCUUUUGCAGGAUUCAUUUGAAGAUGACAAAUCAAAAAUUCUCAUGAUUCUGUGUGCAAGUCCUGAUCCCAAAGAGAUGCACAAAACUAUUGCCACUCUAGAAUAUGGAGCAAAGGCGAAGUGCAUUGUCCGUGUUGCUCACAUGCCAACUCCCAGGGAUAAGCUAAGCGGUGAAGAUUCUUCAACAAUGCUAAAAUAAAAAAUUGUGGCAAUGAACCAAUUCAUUUACAAUCUACAGAUGUAGAACAAGAUGAAGGACAAGGAAUUCAGUAAAGUUCAAAGAGAACUUAUGUGUAAAGAGGAUGAAAUACUAAGGCUUCAGUCUAAGCUUCAGCUCGUUGAAGGAAGGGAAGCAGCAGCAAAGGAAGAUGAGAUCAAGUGCCUUGUUGAUGAGAGGACUCAGGACUUGAGAAUUGAACUGAAGAAGAUGGAGGAGAUAAUGCAUCAACAACAAGAGGAGCUCCACUUUUUAAGGAAACAAUUAGAGGGGAUGGAAUUUACUAGUGCAGCUAAUGAGGAUGCAUUGCAUUUAGAUGACAGAGGAGAAGGGAAAUUUUUGAAACGACUGGCUGCAAUGUGCUCUGAAGAUCAAGGAAUGGAGAAGUCAAUGGAGCUGGAUAUGGGUGAUCAACAUCCUAUUAAUGAUAUUAUAGAAAUAAGAGGUCAGAAUUCUCAUCAUUCAAUGUCUAUCAAUAUCCUACCACAAAAUUCUCACAAUUUAAGCAUAGAAGAGGAUCUUGGUUUUGAUAAGCGUGAGUUCCCCGAUAAAGUUUGCUUGAGCACUGUAUUUGAGCAGGAUAAUGAGGGGGAAGAUAGAGAAAGUAUGGAGGAAGAAGUUGAAAAAGAAAUUGUGGAGGACAGCAUAGGACACAAAUUUUCCUUCUUGUCAAGCAGCCACACUGAAGAUCUGGAUAGGCUACCUGAAGAAGGUAAUGGAAAUGACUCUGAAUCCACGAGAAGAACAAGAAUUCAAAAUAUAUUCAGGCUUUGUGGUAACCACAGAGAAUUAGCACAACAGGCCACAGUUCCAACGCCCACAAAGAGUAGAACGGAAGCUGCAAGUAUCCAUUCAUCCCCUUUAUCUCAAUACAAGGAAUUUGACACCAAAGAAAACCAUUCAGCAGAGUUUGUACUGCAUUCAAGGCCUGCUGAAAACUCUAUAUUAAGUCUGAGAGCAGCUGUGAGAGAAGCACAGACAAAAGAGAACAGAGAACCCAUUGGAGCCGAGGCAGCAGAUAUGAUAACUGUUUAUAUAAAAUGGGAGGCAUCGAAGGAGUUCACAGGUAAAAUGAUCAGAAAACUGUUGAUCUCGAAGAAUUCAACUCUCAGUGAUUUGAGGAAACUAAUUGAAACUCACCUUGAGGAAUCCAACAAUAAUCAGCCAUUCACCUUCCUCCUACUUGCGGAUCCAUUAGGAGCUCCUGUUCCAAAGGAAAAGGAAGCUGCAGUAUCAGUUAGUAAGUUGCCUGCUUGCAACAAUCAAUUGAAUAGUCACCUUGCAUGCUUACGUCCUACAAAAAACACAGUUGUUCAAUGGCAGAAUCAGUUUCCUUUAAGUUCAUUAGAGAACACUCUUCCACUUCAUGGAAUGAAGUCAUAAUUGGAUGUUUUGAAGUUAACAUAAUUACUGUAUAACUUCAAACUUGCUUUUUUUUUCUCUUUU